AAGGUACAAGUGAUUUCUUAGUCUAAGCUUUUGUGUUUGAAUAAAUUGUAUCCCUUAAUGAUAAACUGAUGCUCUUAUACCUUCUGAUCCAUUUCGCAGGCGCAAAGUGAGCGAUCAGAUAAUUCAGUUCUUCGGACAGAAAAUGAGAGGAUUCAUUGUGAAAAUCUUUCUAUCAGAGAGGCAAUGAAAAACGUGAUUUGCCCAGCUUGUGGAGGACACCCUUUCGGAGAAGAAGAACGCCAACUUAAUUUGCAGAAACUGAGGCAGGAAAAUGCUAGAUUGAGAGAAGAGGCUAGUUUGGAUUUUUUUCAACUAACUUCCCUUUCUAAUAUCACCUCAUACUUUUUAAUGAUUCAUAAAGGUUCUUGUCUCGAGAGUUUUAAGGAUUUAGUUUUGGUGAUGAUUGUUUAUGAUUGUUGUGCAGCAUGAAAAAGUAUCCAGCCUUCUUGCCAAGUAUAUUGGAAAACCAAAGUCACAGAUUGAUUUGUUGACGUCUGACACUGGAUCUUCACAAGAAGAACUGCCAACAUUUGUCCAGAAUCAAAGGAUGGGAAACCCUGGCAUUGAUUGGGGACGGAAUCCAGGAUCGGACAUUAGUCAUUUCGCAUGUAGACUUGAAGGAAUUCCAGAUAUGGAAAAUGCACUCAUGGCUGAGACUGCUGCCGGUGCAAUGGAUGAGUUGAUCAGACUUUUGCGAGUAAAUGAGCCUUUUUGGAUCAAGUCUCCAUCUGACGGAAGACUCAUCCUUGAUCGGCUCAGUUAUGAGAGAAUUUACCCCAGGGCCGCUCAUUUCAUAAGUCGCAAUGCUCGUGUCGAAUCCUCCAAGGAUUCGGCAACAGUGACCAUGCCUGGAAUGGACUUGGUUGACAUGUUUUUGGAUCCUAAUAAAUGGGUGGAUCUUUUUCCGACAAUUGUUACCGAAGCAAGAACAAUUCAAGUACUUGAAGCUGGAACAGUAGGGAACCGUCAUGGUUCGUUGCAGAUGAUGUAUGAACAAAUGCACAUACUAUCACCCUUGGUUCCGCCUAGGGAAUUUUACUUCCUUCGCCUUUGUCUGCAACUUGAACCUGGGCAAUGGGUGAUAGCAGAUGUAUCUUAUAACUACUUGAAAGAAAGCGGAUCCCCUCCCUGCGCUUGGCGGCUUCCUUCUGGAUGCAUGAUCCAAGACAUGCCUAAUGGAUGUUCCAAGAUAAUAUGGGUAGAACAUGUGGAAGCGAAUGAUAGGAUUCAAACUCACUGCCUGUACCGAGAUCUCAUAUGUGGUAGUUAUGCUUAUGGGGCAGAAAGAUGGAUUGCUAGUCUCCAGAGGAUUUGUGAGAGGCUCGCUUUCUCUACAGCUGUGCCUCCACGAGAACUCGGAGGAGUGGUCACUUCCCCUGAGGGUAGAAAGAGCAUAGUAAACCUAGCCCACAGGAUGGUGAAGAUUUUCUGUUCAAGUUUGGGUAUGUCAGGAAAACUGGAUUUCCGUCAAUUGUCUGAAGGGAACAAUAGUGGAGUUCGGGUGGCUAUUUGUAAGAAUGCAGAACAAGGCCAGCCGAUUGGCACAGUUGCUAGUGCUGCUACUUCUUUUUGGCUUCCACUCUCACCUCAGAACGUGUUUAACUUCUUCAAAGCCGAGAAAUCGCGAACUCAGUGGGAUAUUCUGUCGAAUGGCAAUCCUGUGCUUGAGAUUUCACACAUUUCUAAUGGGGCUGAUCCAGGGAACUGCAUCUCCAUUAUUCGACCUUUCAUUCCUGCUGAGAACAACAUGCUGAUACUGCAAGAGAGCUGCACAGACUCCUCGGUAUCAAUGGUAGUAUACGCUCCAGUAGGCAUUCCAGCCAUGAACGUGGCGAUAAGCGGUGAUGACUCAUCAAUCAUUCCCAUACUUCCAUCAGGUUUUGUAAUAUCUGGCGACGGCCGUAUGGACACAAGAGGGACCAGUUCUAGUUCCACCAGUUCUACUGGGUCAAACUCAGGAGGUUCACUCCUUACAAUAGCCUUCCAAAUUCUGGUCUCUGGCUCUAAUUCCUCAUCCUCCACAGAAUUCAACAUGGAAUCUGUGGCAACAGUGAAUACCCUCAUCAGCACCACUGUUCUGAAAAUUAAAUCUGCUUUUAAUUGCUCAGAUUUGGAUUAAGCUUUGGUGAUGCUGUGGACAAGACUUCAGUUAUUUAUCAUAUGAUUUCUGCCUGGGAACUGAAACAGAAAUAAUAAUAAUCAGCUGCUACUUUUCCAUAACUUUUGGCUGUCAACUCAUCAGUUGUUUUGAAACAUUUUA